AUGUCUAAAUCUGUAUCCGGUAGAAAUAACAGUAUAAAAGGCCAGAAGCCUAACGGAUCUACUCCGGCAACGCCAGCCACCGCAACGCCAACAGGUGUUCAAGGUAAUGGAAAUAUAGUCACCAAUCAACAAACAAAUCCCAUUCCUACUACUCAGCCGACAGAUUCAUAUAUUCCUACGUAUAUGAGUGACCUAGUUCCCGAACUGCGUGCAUAUGAGAAGUUAUUGGAAUCAGAGAGAAAGAUUGAUGUGUAUUUGGCAAGGAAAAAGAUAGAUUUACAUCAAAGCGUAUCACAGUGGAAUAAUUCCAAAUCGACUCAGUACUCAAAGGACAAAGAGUGCGUUAAGUACUUGAGAGUUUUCAUCUCUAAUAUUGCAGAACUGCAGCCUUGGCAAAAUCCCGCCAACGACAUAGCCAACGCUACUUGGACCAUGAGGAUUGAAGGAAGACUAUUAGAUACAAAAGAUGUUCAAGACCCAAAUCGAUUGAAGUUCAGCUCAUUCCUGCAGGCUAUUUCUGUGGACUUCAAGAAGGAGGUAAAAGUGACUGAAAAUUCUGAGCAGCAAGACGUCAAAAUGACAGGCACCAGCGAUAAUAUUGGUGAAACUCGCAAUGAUGCAGAAAAUAUGUUAAGUAUGGGAUUGAAUCUUCCGGAAGCCCCCGUAGCAAACGAACUGUCGCCAGUCGGGGCAGCUAAUUUCAAUCUUACAGCCAGCGUCGCUGAGGGUGAUCAGAAAAAGAAUGCUGAACCAGAUUACGAAAUUGUAGAUGCUGUCGAAUGGCAUUUUGAUCCUAGAAAUCCGGUUGAUUUCGAUGGACUUGACAUUAAGAGACCAGGAUCAGAGAAUGUAGAAUGUACUAUAACGAUACAGCCAAAAGGAUUCACGGCUGAGAGGCUCGAGUAUUCGCCAGAGCUAGCUUCUAUAAUCGGGUUAUCGCAAGGUUCACUGCAUGAAGCUGUUUAUUCACUUUACAAAUAUAUCUUGAUGAAUCAGUUAUUAGUCAACGAUGAUUCCAAUUUGAAAACUUCCACCAAUACGUCCUCAGACAAUACCAGUGGAGAAAAAACAAUUGUACACCUCGAUGACGCUUUGUCACGGUUGCUUCCAAAGAAUCAAGCAAAUGAAGGUGAGCUUCGCCCUACGUCAGUAAAACUUGCAGAAAUCACACCUCUCAUUAACGCUCAUAUUUCACCCAUCAGACCCAUUAAGAUAGAUUACACUAUAAGAGUUGACAAAGCAUCAACAUAUGGUGAGCUGGUCUUUGACCUUGAGGUACCCGCUCCCUCCGAAAAAUCUGCAGAUGAGAAACACAGUACCAACCUGAACGAAGAAGGAAUUUCGUUAUUAGCAGAGUUCAAUAAACUCACAUCAGAACUUAAAUUAGAGCUGCAAGAUUUGGAAACGCGCAUAAGCACUCUGCAGUUGCAGUUAAAUGCAAGCGCUAAUAAAUAUCAAUUUUACAGCAGGCUUUCUAAAGAUCCUGCACACUUUUUGAAAGACUACAUUGCCUCUUCUGCAAAUGCUCUGAAGGUUCUCUCCGGGGAUGAGGGUUUCAAUGAGGAUGUAGUGAGGAGAUCACAAUUCUACAAGGAAAACGAAGCAAUGCUCUUCGAAACAUUGGGAGUACUCCUCGCUAAUGGCAGAAUGUAA